CGUUAUGAUGCUGCUAGGGAGCGUUUCCGUAAUUUAGAGACUACACUUCGUAAUCUCAAAAAACAGGAACCAAGUGAAGUCUACAUGAAUCAAAGGGAUCGUCGUCUCUUAGACUUCCAUUUUGCCAAUUUGGAGUAUGUUAGCGGAGGCACACUAGACAAGCUGUCUCUACAACAUUUCGAUCAAGACGAUGAGUUCCAAUUUACUGGCUCACACAUGGCUAUUCGUGAUGGUUAUGGUGACUUUUUGACACGGCUGGUAACAAGUGAUGUCGCGAGUAUGAUUAAGCAAAAUGCUGUUGUGGAGACUAUAAAAUAUAAUGAAAAAGGUGUUGAAGUGCAGUAUAAGACAGAUGAUACAACUAGCACAAUAGAAGGUGAUGUCUGCCUCUGUACUAUACCACUGGGAGUUUUAAAACGCUCAGUGAGCGAUUCCUCUGAUGCACCCAAAUUCGAGCCAUCUUUACCUGAGAACACCGUGAAUGCCAUUAAUGAAAUGGGUUUUGGCAACUUCAACAAGGUUGUGCUGAUUUUCUCUCGUCCAUUCUGGGAUGUCACACAGAACUAUUUCGGCCAUCUCAAUCAUUCCAGAUGA